AUGGUAGUAAAGCACUCGAACAUAGCAGACCAAGUCCCCGACCACAUUCACUUGUCCGUGUCGACACAACAAGCGCUCACCGAUACGGCCGACGCCAUUAUUGCCGAGACGCUGGACACGUACGAAGGGUUUGUGGCAAACGGUCGUCAAUUGCCCAGCGAUGAGUGGAAACACGUCAAGUCGAGGGAAAAAAUUCGAGUCUAUCGUGCACGGAAGCGACGGAGCAGCAACAAGGUCUCAAAGCAGAAGAAGAAGACCCACAGUCUCUCUCAAGAUGAGAAGGACCCGAGUCGCCCUCGGUUCAUGUCAGCAGGGGCAAUGGAGCAGCACCAGCAUCAAGCAGCAGUUCAAGGUCGACCCUGUGCCUACGAUAUCCCGAUUCCAGAAGUGGAUGUUAGCAGUACUGCAACCCAUAGCUCUUCCAGUAACGAGGUGGACUCGUCCUCGUUAUUUGACCACAGUGUCCUAGCCAACGUCAAACCUUGUCAUAUCCCGCUCAUGGUCGCUACAGGAGAGAUCAAUGGCUCCCUCGAGGACGUGGCCUAUGGCGGUCUUGCUAAUUCGAAACACGCUUGGCUCGUGCGGAAUUCGUACGUCCAUAACGACAUUUUCGACGACCGGAAGAUCCUCGCAACGUUCCAGCUCCCUAAUGAAGAAGACCCGUUUCGAUCCGUGACGCUGAAAUGGGGUACAGUGGACUACGGGGCGUUUACGACGCGACGGGACUUUCUCUACCUCGAGUCCCAAGGCAUGGCGUUUGACUCGGACGGCGAGCGUGUGUUUUAUUAUCUGAUCCACUCGAUUGAGUUGCCGGAAUGUCCACCACUGGAUUCGAGUCACAACGUCAUCCGAGUGCAACUCUCAGUGUGCUACAUUGCUCGACAGCUGGAAGAGCUGGAUGUCGUCGAGAUGUUUGGUCGUGGGUUCGUGGACCUUCGGGGAGAUAUGAUGGCGAGUUACAGUGCCAUGAUUCUGGCAAACAAUAUCACGUCAAGUGCCGGAGUGGUCGAGUGCUCGAACAUGAGAAAACUGAGCUACCUCAUGACGUUGCGACGACGGAGUGAUACGUCGGGCGUCGUGUCACACGUGAGUGAUUGCGGCGUGUGCCAUAAACCAUUGAGCAAACUCGGGAGUCUCUUGCAGUCUCCUAUUAGUUGCCCUAUUUGCCGUCAGAUCAUGUGCAGCAAGUGCAGUGUGCAGAAAAAGCUCACGAUUGAAGCGUCUUCGGAAGUUACGCAGAAAAAAAGUUUCACGUUCUGUCUCUUGUGUGUCAUUGAAGCCAAGGAAUUGUCAGCGUGGGAAGUGGCUGUAGCUUGUCUUCGAAGCAAAGGGAUGUGA